CCAGCUCUGGUACAAAAGAAAAGAAACGAGAACAAAAGCGAAGCAAAGGGAGGCGAAGGGGGAGAAAGGGAGGCGACAAAAACUCCACUCUCUCACUCCGGCACAGCACUCCCCCCACCCACCUACCCACGCCGCUCCACACCUCUCGUUUUCACUGCUUGCUGCGAGAGAGAGAGAGAGAGAGAGAGAGAGGAAGAGGAAAAAGGAAGGCGACGCGGCUGUCAUCUCUCUCGCCCCCGCUCCCUUCCCUUCUCCUGCUCAGAAUACCAAGUACUCGGAUCCCGAACCCUCUCCCCCCUCUCGUCGUCGACGGCGACACGACGACUCCGCUGCCAGCGCGUCGGCCUGCCCCAGCGGCUCGGAGCAGGGGCGGAGAGACGGGAGGAUGGACCCCGAGAAGCGCGGCUACAGGCUCCAGGAAUUUGUCGCACAUGAUGCUGAAGUGAGGUCCUUGUCUAUCGGCAAGAAGUCAAGCCGUGUGUUUAUCACUGGCGGCAGCGACCGCAAGGUUAACCUGUGGGCCAUUGGCAAACAGACACCACUUCUGAGCUUAUCAGGCCACACUGGCUCAGUUGAGGCUGUUGAGUUUGAUACAGCAGAGGUGCUUGUGCUUGCUGGUUCUUCAAAUGGUUCCAUCAAGCUCUGGGACUUGGAAGAGGCUAAAGUUGUGCGGUCUCUUACUGGGCACAGAUCAAGUUGCACCUCUGUUGAAUUCCAUCCAUUUGGCGAGUUUUUUGCAUCUGGUUCUUCAGAUACAGAUCUUAAGAUCUGGGAUAUAAAGAAAAAAGGAUGCAUUCACACAUAUAAGGGUCACAGAGGAGCAAUUAGAACAAUCAGAUUUACACCUGAUGGACGAUGGGUUGUCACCGGCGGAGAAGAUAAUAUUGUAAAAGUGUGGGACUUGACAGCUGGAAAGCUUCUACAUGACUUCAAGUUCCAUAGUGGGCAAAUCCGGUGUAUUGAUUUUCAUCCGCAAGAAUUUUUGCUUGCAACAGGCUCAGCUGAUCGAACAGUUAAGUUUUGGGAUCUUGAAACUUUUGAAUUGAUUGGUUCUGCUGGACCCGAGGCUACUGGUGUUCGCUCUACGGUCUUUCACCCAGAUGGAAAAACCCUAUUCUGUGGGUUAGACCAAAGCCUAAAGGUAUUCUCUUGGGAGCCAGUAAGAUGUCAUGACGUUGUUGACAUGGGAUGGAGCAAUUUGGCUGACCUUAGUAUUUAUGAAGGAAAACUCUUGGGAUGCUCCUACCACGAAUGCCGAGUUGGUGUUUGGGUUGCUGAUAUAUCGCUCAUUGGGCCCUAUGCUCUUGGUGUUUUGCCCAAAGCAAAUUUCUUUGCUGAGCUGGUACAUUCUUUAGACGACAAUCCUUCGAAAACGAUUGAUACCACUGCCAAGUCCAUUCCUGCUCUAGCAACGACACAUCCAAAAAAUCUGUACAAGGUCAAGGAAACAGGGACUGUAGCUGAAAGUGGAAUUCGUGGCUCAAAUUUGACUCCAGCAAGUAUGGAUAAAACCAAGAGAGAUAAGAGUGGUGCAACUCCUCGAAGACCUGAUUCUUCUUUCAAAUCAUCUAUUCAGAGCUCUACUCCAAUGAGGCGCAUGAAAGCUGCUGAUAGUCCAUACACAAAUAGAAAAACAGUGGAGCGCAAUUUUGCACAGAGGGAUGCCUCGCUAGCAUCCCGUACGGGAACAGCUAAUAAUUCUUCAACUGUUAAAAAAGGCCAUCUUGCUGAGUCAGUAUCUGUAAAAGAUAUUUACACUACACCACAGACUGUUUCUGUGCCUGUCGUUAUGCCUAGAGACAUUUUAGAGGACAAAACAGCAGGCAGCAUUAGUGGAGGAAUCAGAGGGAGAGCUGCAGUUGCAGAUGAUUUCCAUGCUCCUGUUCAUUCAAGGAAACUUUCAGUUAAUAGUUUUGUGGGUGAUAGUGUUAACUCAACAAAAUCCAUGCUAACUGAUCCUGAUGUUUGCUCUGAGGGUUUCUCUGGCUUAAAAUUCUCUUUUGGACUAACUCCAUAUUACAAGAAAGAAGAAUAUGAUAAUGUGGAUAAAGUUGAUAGUAUGGAUAAAGGUGAUAAUACACAAAUGACAGAAAAAUUGGACAGAACAGUGUCGUUGGAGCAUCAACUUCAGUCAAAUGAUACCUCUGAGCCACCAUGUUCUACUACAGAAACAACCAAGGUCAAAUAUGUCAGAGGAGUUGCUGUGCCAUUAGGAAAAACAAAGUCUCUUGUUGAGAGAUGGGAAAAGAGAGAGGCUACUAAUGUUGAGUGCUCACCACCAACUGGUUCUUGUGGUGACCGUGCAGUGAGAUCUGAUGGUCCUUCCUCCUUUUCAGCAGAACCAAGUCAGGCAUAUGAGAAGGACUUGUCAACAAUUGAUGAGGCGAUGAUUCCAAUCAAUUUGAUGCAGAACCAUGAUGAAUUUAUAAAUGCCGUAAAAUCUCGGCUGACAAAGUUAGAGAUGAUGCGUCAUGUCUUUGACCAAAAUGGUAUCAAAGGAGCGAUUGCUGCAGUGGCAAAGUUGCCUGACAAUGCUGUUCUAGCUGAUGUUGUUAGUACUCUGAAGGGGAAACUUGAUCUCUUCAACCUAGACAUUUUCUUAAGCUUUCUGCCUGUUCUUGCGGGGUUACUGACCAGCAAGGCUGAAAGGCAUGCCAUUGUUUCUUUGGAAUUGUUGUUGGAUCUUAUAAAGAUCUUUGGACCAGUUAUUCGUUCAACAUUGUCAGCUCAUUCAGCAGUUGGAGUUGAUAUUCAGGCUGAGCAGAGGUUGCAACGUUGCAGUCGGUGUUUUAACCAUUUGCAAAAGAUUCAGCAAGUUCUACACCCGUUGAUUAUGCGGGGUGGUCAAUCAGCACAACUUGCCCAAGAACUGAACCUGUCUUUGCAAGACUUGGUGGUGAUCUGAAACAAGCGGGGAGGUUCAUUCAUACUAGUACAACACAGUGAGAGUAGAUAACUAGACAUCAUUCUUUUUGGCAAAAAACGCGCCAGCGCCAUACAGUUUUUGUAGCUUGUUGCCAUAGCUUUGCAAUUGAGCUGUGUAAUUGUGUUUUGACUUGGCUUUUGAUUCGGCGUAGUCCCCUGUUGUACAUGUGAGCUUGGCUGUGCAUAAUCUGUAAUUAACAUUUGUUACAUGGACAGCCCCGGAUGAGGGAGAAGCAAGUUCAAAAAUGGUUGAUGUCAGUUCAACGUGGUGAUUCAUUCUC